GAAUGUCGUUUUUGCUCAGAUAAUUACUGUGACACCAGUACAUGCAGUUUUUCUGCAAAUUCUACAAUUCUUUCCUUCUAUAAAUACAUACUUCUAUUCUAAAAUACAUACUGCCCUACUGAUAUAUUUACACUGUGCUUUCAAGUGAUAAGAACGCUGUGUUAGCAAUUCAACUUUUAAUUAAUUAGAGUGAAGUAACUGCCAUAAGGGUUUAAUAAAUCCGCAUAAAGAGCCGUCAAUAUUAAUCAGCGUCUGGUAUUAAACCUCUGAAAAUGAUAUUGAAUACGUGCCUCUUUUGUGUAUUGCAGAUCACCUGGCCAUUUGUAUUCGCGAUGCCACGUAACAGUGACAGUUCUUCCUCUGAAUCUGAACCGAAAGAAGUGGAUUUGCAGAAAAUGCUUCAAGACAUUAACUUAUCGGAAGAGUCUAUGGAAACUCAACAAGCUAUAGCACAUUACUACAUUACGCAGAUGGAACAAGACACAAUAAUUAAAAAUGCUAAAAAACAAAUGAAUGAUAUGAUUAAAAAAGAUGACGAAGAUCAGUUAAAAGGGUUAAAUAAGCUUUUAACUCACUUGAAAAAAUUCGGACUGCAGGGAAUCCAACGAAAAUCGUCGCGACGAGAUGAUGCCAAUCUUUACAUCAUUUUGUAGAUAAGACAUAACUGUAUUUAUCUUGUCUCCUUGGUGGUUUAUUUAAAACUCUUCUCUUAUAAGUAA